ACAAUCCGAAUGUCCAACUCAGUGCGACAUAAGAAAGGUGAUGGUCUGCGGCAAAUGUCAGCACGGCAUCUACAGGACAUUCAUGAGCCCUUGCCACAUGAGAAUGUUCCAGUGCAAUAAUAAUGAUGAAAAAUUAGAACUGAUGUCGCGAUAUCCGUGCGUGUUAUCCGCGCCAUACAGUCAUCCUGUCAAUGAACAAGUAUCCGAACCGAAUGAUGUUGACGAUAUACAGAGAUUCAUCUACUGCAGGGAAGCGUAUGAAUUGGGAUCUAAGACCAUUAUUGACCCAAGAUGCAGUGAUUUCGACAUGGGCAAAUAUUUUGUGGAAGAUCAGAACUAA